AUGCCGAUGCCGAUGCCAAUGCCCGUGGUCGAUAUUGUUUACGGUGCUCCCGAGCUAACAAUCUCCCCACGUCACUAUUCGUAUGAGUGCAAGGCGUCUUCGCAAGAAAGGCCAUACGUAUCGCGUCCGUCAAGAUCGCAGCAGCUGCGGAAUCCCCAACUUGUACCCAAACUCACCAGCGAUACUCUGAAUCUCCUGGAAAAGAAGCAAGGGGUGGCGGAUGAGAUUCUGGCCAAGCAGGAAGCUGAACGUGCUCGGCAACGGGACCUCGACGGGCGCGACGAGGAAGAUGCGCCACCAUCGCCCAAGAGACGUCGCUCACUCUCGUCUGGUCGUACUUCUACCAUCUCCUCGAGUGCCUCGAGGGACCGUCCUUCACCUAGGCGUGGACUCGGGCUCGAGUUUACAGGAGUCGCGGGGAAUCGCAUGACUCCGAACGGGUGCGAAGGUCGCGCCGCGACCUUGAAGAUGCUGCAGAGACCAGGCAGCGCGUAUCCUACGCAUCACAGUCGCCUGAACGGCCGAAGGAAAGGGAAGAAAAGCGUGUCAACCCAGAGAGGAGGCGUCGCAAUGACGGCCCAAGGACGCAAGACUCGAGACCACCGCCACCUCGUGAGCGCAGCCUGA